CUGCGUUUGAGGCUGAUUGAAGCUUCGUGAGUCAAACGGCGUGGAUUUCUUGAAGUUUUUGUGUUCUAUGUCGAUAUUAAGUUGACCCUUCUGUCCCUCUUGGGACUUCACUUUUUUGGAUCUUCAGAUUUCCGCCGACUUGUGCGAAAAUGGCUGCUCAAACGAGUUUCCCACCUAUGGUACCGUUCCCUGAAGCAGCUUGGAGAAAUCAUAUUGUCCCUGAGGAGUGGGAGGCUUGUUUGGAUGCCUGGAUUACUCUCGCUGGUGCCCAUCUGUCGCUCUCCUCGCCAGACUUUGUACGGAUAUCUUGCAAGGAUGAAUCGAUACCCAUCUUUCUCACUUCGUACGCCGAGGAAAGUGCAUUAUCACAUGAUGUACCACAUUCAAGUCCGUCUAAAAGCAAGCAACUAAGAAGACAAUGUUACUUGUUGUCUCGGAGACUUUUGGAAAGCGAUGAUUCUCUAGAAUCACUACUUCGUUGGCAAUUUCUUGCGGAUUUCAGCAAGUUAUACGGAAAAGAGCAUGGAGGUCAAGUCGUGGCCAUUGUCUGGAAACGACAUCUUGCUUCCCUGGAAACAUCCAUUGCGGCUCUCAAGACAGUUUUGAUCAAGGAUCUGGAUGCUGGACUCAAAGGCGAUUUAAAGACCGCCGAGGCCUCUCUUAAACGAUUGAAUCAUCUCCUUCACGCUUCUCCUCAAACGGCAGCUUUUUUCAUGGCCGGUAGCGAUUUCCUGGAUUCGUUAAUAAGCUGCUAUAAGCUUAUGAACCCUCCAUUACGGAAAGCCAUCAUCUCAACCACAUAUUUGUGUCUGAUCGGUCUUACGGAAGGGGAGAAGCCCAAUUUCUCUUCCUUGGUUGAUCAGCUGUAUUCUCUGAAAGCUGCUGCAGAAGCACAUAAAGCCGGUCCUACGAAUGUUAAUGACUCGUUGGUCGCCGAACUGGUGACAUCCACCCCUGUGUUGAAGCAAAUUCAACAAAAAAUUGAAAGUUCUGGAUCGGGGUCAAGUAGAGCGAAAUCUGUGAUCACUGCUUUAGAAGGCUUCAAGAAAGCUGGUGGCAGUGGGAGACCGCGACACCUGGUGAAGCAGAAGAUUAACAAGGGCAAAGGAAUUGCUCUUGACGAAUACGGUCAUGGCAGUCAUGGACAAAUUCAUAUUCAUAGGAUGAGUUUGAUCUCUCAAGUACAAGAUCUGUUUCCGGAUCUAGGGUCAGCCUUCGUUGUCAAAUUGCUUGAUGAGUAUGGUGAUGAUGUUGAGCAAGUGAUAGCCCAUCUAUUGGAAGACUCACUGCCAGCUCAUCUCGAGAAGGUUGACCGUUCUGAAGCACUGGAUGAUGGACAAAUUCAUGAUCAUAGACUUGAUAUGGUACCUCAUUCAACACCACCACAAAUACCAUCAAGGCGCAACGUAUUCGACGACGACGAGUUCGACCAACUUGCAGUCGACACCUCCAAGCUUCACUUCGGCCGUCGAAACCCAAACAAAACAGCAGACGACGUCCUCCAAGACCGCUCCACCGCACCAAACAAAGCAGCCAUCCUCUCAGCCCUCGCAGCAUUCGACUCAGAUGACGACGAACGAGACGACACUUACGACGUAGCAGACGUCGGAGGAACCGUCGACUCGGCUACACCGGGUAACAAUCCCGAAGAAGCAAACGCAGACACCAGAGAUGCCGACGACGAAGCUCUGUUCCGAGCUUACAAGAUGAGUCCCGAUAUCUUUGGCCGCGAAGCAGCAACACGGAGAGGAAAGCCCCGAGCAUCGUUGAGAGAAGAGACUGGUAUGACAGAUGAAGCCAUCGAAGGCUGGGGACUCAUGCUCUCUCGAGACCCGAGACAGAUGCAAAGACUGGAAGCUAAUUUCUCGAAUUUUACUGGAGCGCAGAAAGAGCUUGCUCCGACGGCUUGGAGGGCAAGUCCUGCUGGUUCUGGAACGGAGGAUUCUGAUAUCGAUGGGAAUGGGCGUGGGAGAGGUGGGCCCAGAGGUCGUGGUGGACGGGGAGGGGCAGGGAGAGGGAGGGGGCGAGGGAAUGUUGUAGGGCCGACUGGAGAGAGGGAUACUGAGGUUGCGAGGCAGAGGAAGGAGGCGAAUAAGGGGUCAAGAGCUAAUCAUAAUAGACGUGAUCAGAGAGCGAGGAAAAUGGCUAGGGGUGGGUUUCCUGGCUGA